AUCUGGUUGGGAUCAGGUAAGUAAUUCUAAUUCAUCCUGUAGACGCACUACGAUAAAGUCGGUUUUCUGUAGGUCAAGGAGCAGGAGCAGCAGCAGCACCCAGUUUCGAAAGCGGAUGUCCGCGGUUCCUUUUGAUUGAGGGAAUCUUUCCUGCUCGUCUCGAGCACAUAAAGAUUCCAGCGAACAUCAACAAACUAAGAUGAUAGCGUCACGCCUUGGCAGCAUAGCGCCUGUGCAAUCGCGGGGGGAUCUUUCGUUGCUGCGCACGCGUCCAUGUUGGGCGGGCGUCCCGCAACGAAGUAAUGCUCCACGUAGACUUCACGCAUUGUCUCAUUUGAGAGGAGAGCACAGCAUGAAAGCGUUGGCAGCAACUGAAAGGUCGGCAACAAUUUUGGAUGUCGCGGACAGCGGAGCACCAGGUCUCCUAAACCAGCAAAUCAAAAUUUCGUCCUCAGGAGACACCGACUCUGACGUUAGUCUUCGAGCAAGCGAACGAGCCUGUGAAUCCAUAAUGGUAGCGGAGACCGGGCUACAUUUUUUGACAAAGGCCGUACGCAACGUCGACCCGCGAUGGACUUUUUUUCCGUUGCCGCACCAUUGGCCGGCGUCUGCUUUGGUGCAAUAUGUCGAAGAAGGGCAAUUGCGACCAAGUGCGUGGUUCCCUGUCGUUGUGAAAACGACGUCGAAAGUAAAAUCUGGCCCAGAUACACUAAAGGCUUAUACUUCCUCAGAACGAAAGUUCUUGUACCACGACAUCAGGAAGCGUCCGUUCCCUUACGUUCUCGUUGCUCCGCACUCAAACAUAUUCUUCACGGUGCCCAGUUCAGCUCACACGCAAGGAGAAGAGCGUUUUCGUCUUAUUGGCGAAUCUGAACGUGUCACGAUUCCGGAGAUCAUAACUGCACUUCACCACGAGCGAGUCCAAAUGCAACUGCGUACAAAAUCAGAUUGGUUCCGAUUUUUCUGCAGCGGGAUGCUGGCCUCCGCACGUCAGGCCGUUUUCUGUGGCGCUAUUGCAAACAUGCAGGAGAAAGUUUACGGGCCACUCGGAAUCAGUCUGACGUUCCCAGAUGACGCGUCGCUGCGGUUUUUCAACAGUUAUGUUGAUUCUGCGCGCGCUCUCCACCGAGUACCAUCAGCGCGUUUGCCGCAAUACGGUCGCGCCCUGCGCGUCACGACAACGCAUCCUUCAAAAUCGCCAGCCACCCGCCCCUACUCCGUCGCCGAGAUGCAGACAGUCGAUUUCAUCUUUGCCCUGAACUACUUCCACGAAAAUGACGAGCUUCGGGGCUUCUACAUGUUUCCCACGGAGCAUUUGCUGCGGAUCCUUGGCCCGAGGCUUCCAGAUGGGACGCAGUGCCGGCGUGCCUACUGGCUGUAUUUUCCGGAAGAUGCGCAUGCAGCAAAGAUGGAGGGAGUCAGAGACCGCAUUGUGCACGAUAUGGAGUUCUAUGUCGACCUUCAAGUUGACGGAGCUCUUCAGAAAGUGCGCAAAUUUUUAGACCAGUAUUCGCGAUCAGGUAAAAGAGUUCCAACAUAG